UAAAAAGCACAACAUUUGCCUAUGGGAUGUAGUGGAAAAGAAGUGUAGCUGGAUUUAAAAAUACUCAAGUAAAGUCCCUUAAAAUUGUACUAACAGUACUGAAGUAAAUAGUUACAUUCCACUAGUGGGGAUAAUAUUGUAAGCCAAUAUUUUAUGUCAGUAUCUAAAGGUUACAACAUUAAUAUUUUGCUAUUCUUGACUGUGUUCCUACCAUUUAGUGACAGUAUGACUGCAAAGAGGUCCACAGUGCUGAGAAAGACAAAGAGCCAAUUAGAAGAAGCUCCAGAGAACAAUGAAGUGCCACAGAGGAAGCCGCUCUCCCUUGAAGCUAAACGCAUCUUAAACAUGUUGGAAAACUGCAUUAGUGGAGUUGAGUUUGUAGCAAUGCUGCCUGCUCUCCUCCAGUUAAACAGUCUUUCUAGUGUGGUGGACAAGGACUUGAGUAUGGCUCUUCAGGAGCAUCAACUAUUAGAAAAAAGACUGGAGACAUUUGAAUGUCUCAUGCAGGGGUCAGACGGGGAACAAGGGAGAGAAGUUGGUAAGGCCAUGGCUGGACUUGAGAAGGACAUCAAGAAUUCUUUGAGGGAUCUGUUAAGGCUGGCAAGAGCCCAUCCUGAUGCCAUUUCUGGUUUGAAGGCAGAGCUAGGUAAGACGCUCGCUGUAGGGGAGAGUGAGUACAAACUAAUUACAGGGCUUGAGAAGUUUCAGAGCUGUGUGGUUGAAACGCUGCUGACCAGUGUGGAGGAGGAGCUACAUGAUCAGCUGGAUCUCCAAAAGUCUUCAUACCAAAACCACCGUCUGGAGAUCCUAGCUUUAAAGCAAGAAAAACAAGCAAUAUUCAUGGAGCAACAAGAUGCAGAGAUCUUUGAGAAAAAGGAAGAAAUCAAACGCUGCCAAGGUUAUCUGGAAGAUAACAAGAGACGUAAGGCAGGUAUUUCACUUCUUCCGGUCCAGCAGAGCCAGCAUACUGCAUCAAAGAUGAAGAAGGCCGGUAAAACACAAGCUAUUGAUCAACCGAACAUUCUGCUCAGGAAGUUGAUCUUUGAAAACAGGCAGGCAGAGAGAGUAAUCCAAGAGAAAAUUGAAAAGAUGGAGACAGAAAUUGAAAACUUGCUUUAUACUUUUGACGCGGAAAUGGAAGAAAAACAGGCUAAACUGGAUUUGAACAGAAUGUAUUAUGAAAAGGAGGACGGGGAGCUGAAAACACUGGAGAAACUCUUCUCUGUCCUAGAGGUCGAGUGCAACCAGAUCAAAGAGAAGCGUCGGCUGGCAGCAGAGAAGAGAAUGUUGGAGGCGAAGGAGCUGGAGCUAAAGACCAAAGCUGCAAUUAUGGCACAAGCCUGGUGGAGAGGCUACAGUACUCGCAAGGCCUUAAAAAACAAGGGCAAAAGCAAGAAGGCCAAAAAAGGAAAAGGCAAAAAGACCAAAUAAGCCGCUGACUGGUUUAAUUACUCAGAUGUACAAGGACACACCCUACCUGAAUGAACGUUUUUGGAUGUUUUAUUUAAAAUAUAUAAAUAUUCUAUUGAGCAUAUACCAUUAUACUUCACAUUCAGAGUGUGUUUGUCAUUAAAUAUGUUAUUUUUUUAAUGAAGUUCUAUGUGUUUUAACCUCAAACAGAUGUUUUAAACACACAGCACAAAGGACUGCGUUGGUUUGUUAAAUGUAUAUAAUGUCUUGCUGCAAACAUUAUCAAACUAUGCAGAUGUCCACAGAUGGACCUGUUGGACAUACACCUGUAUAUCUCUUGUAAGGACAUGGAUUUAAAUGACCUGGCAAAUCCCCAGAAAAGCUUUCCUUAACAAAUCAGCUAAAAUAAGUUAACACCAAUUGCUGUUUUCUUUAAUAGCCACGAGGGGGCAGUACAGGGCUUUUUGUUCUGAAUGAUUCAUUGUCCUCAUUACAUUGUGCCAAUAGGAGGAGGAUUGAAUACCAACCAUAUAAGUUAUCUGAUGUUGCUAGUAGAUAUACAGCGUUUAUGAACAAGUCACCCUCAAAUGUUUAGCUACCACUAUCAGAACCAUUUCAGAAUUUAGAAUCAAGCCAUGUUACUAACAAUGAUGAGAUACAUGGACAAUAGUUGAUUGCACUCAGUGUUCAGGUUUAUUGAAGUUCAGUGUCUACAAGUUCACAGUUAAUGAAACUCACAGAGUUUAACAUUAGAUAAACACACUUUAAUUAUUUAGUUCCAUCUCAGCAAAGGAGACUCAUAGUAAAAGGUUACAUUGAAGCCUUUUUUUUUACGGUGACUUGGAAAGCUCUUUUUGUCUCUUUUCUUUCCAUCUUGUCUCUGUGAAGAAGUCUGAUAUUGUUUGACCAUGUCGUCGCUGUCUUGAAUGAACGUCUUAACCUGAGGAGACAAUAAAAAAAUUACAAGUG